AUGUUAAGAACAUUUGGAAGAACUGUGGUGUUACCAACCGUUGGCUUUACGCUGGGUGUUGGGUCAUUUAUUAAAGCUUGGCCUGAUGAAGCAGGUGCAAUCACUUUGAAAGAUGCAGUUGUCCCUCAUUUGAAAAGCAACAGGGUUAUUCAAAGACCUGAUAUUCUGGAGAAGAUCUCGCAAAUGAAACUUUAUAACGAUUUGUUAAACAACCCAUCGAUGAAUCACUCAGUCCAAAGCGAAAAAAUUCCAAGAGGCCAUCUAGCUUACCACGUUGGACAAGGUGAAUUAUUCGGUCCAAACAGAUUAGAGAUCGAUCCAUUGAUAUUUUUUGAUGAAGAAAACAGUAAAUUAGUUAUUUUCUAUCAUUUGGGAAAAGAUUUAGGUAAUGAAAAGGGGAAUGUCCACAAAGGAGUACUAUCGUUACUAUUGGAUGAGGCAUUGUGUUAUUGUGGGUUCCCGAAAUUGCCCAGUAAAAGAGGUGUGACUGCAAAAUUACAUGUAGAUUUCACUAAGGAUAUACCUGUAGAUUCAACUGUAAUAUUAAGGGCAGACGUGACGGAGUCAAAGGGUAGGAAAUGUAUUAUUGACGGGACUCUAGAGACUGUCCCAACCAAAUCGUUAUUGACAGGUAAGGAAUCUGAGACAGGGACUGUAUUUGCAAAAGGUAAUUGUAUAUUAGUGGAGCCAAAAUGGUUUAAAUAUUUCACUUGGCUAGAUAUGUUCUAA